AGUGGACCAUUGCUAUAAAUACACCUUUCUCUUGUGUCAUUAAGAGUUGCGUCAAGGAAGAUUAGGGUAAUAGGCUUUCUUUCAUGUAGCCGAUGGGCAUGUCCUGCCUUCACAGGCCUGUGUCUCAUGGUCAUCCAUGAACAUGGACGUGUUUUAUGUUGUGUUAAGUAUUGCUCUGGUAUUAAAUAUCAUCAAUGCCGGAUUCUCUACUUGUCUACCGGGUUGCUCCUGCACAGAUGACAACUUGGGCAGGUCAUUACUAUGUAUGGAAACUUCCAUGGAUCACAUCCCAGAAGACAUCCCGGAUGAUUUAAAAAAAAUACGGAUGGAAAACUGUCACUUGACUGAGUUACCUCAAGGCUCUUUUUCUCUAAAUAGUGCCCUGGAGUAUCUUUGGCUAAAUUUCAAUGAGAUCACACUGAUGAACAUUAGAAGCUUGGAAGGGCUCGCCAACCUGACUGAGUUGAGGUUACAAGGAAACAAGCUGACCUCAGUACCAUGGACCACAUUUCAGGACACGCCCAAACUCAAAAUUUUGGAUCUGAAGCUCAAUCGACUUGAUGCACUUCCUGAACAUGCUUUGAAACACUUACCAUCUUUGACCUACUUAGAUUUAUCCUUCAAUCAGCUUACCAUCAUAUCAAAAGAAGUCUUUGUUAAUUGGCCUCUUUAUCAAUCAGCAAAAAAAGCUUGGGGGAAGGAGGGGCUAGUAUCCAACGUGGUUUUGGGGUUGCAUGACAACCCUUGGUUGUGUGACUGUCGCCUUAAAGGUUUUGUUGAAUUCGUUGGGGCGGUCGGCCCUCCCAUCAUUCUGAUGAACUCUUACUUGAUGUGUUCAAGCCCAGUCUCCAAGGUUGACAAAUUUUUCCAUGAGAUCCAGUUAAAAACAUGCACCAAACCAAUGGCUUCUGUCCCAGAUUCUAACGUCACUUUACCUCUCGGAGCAAAUGCAACACUGAGAUGCAUCGUCAAAGCUCGACCAGUCCCAACCAUCCAGUGGAUGUACAUUCUGAAAAUGAUUAGAGGAUUUGCAUCGACACAUACUCAGAUAGACGAGGAUACAGUCACCUCACAACUGGUGAUACCAUCAGUGCAUUUAGCAGACCGAGGGAUAUACACCUGCAUGGCCAACAACUUCAUUGGCAACACCUCUGCCAACAUCAUGCUCAACAUCGAUUCCCCUAACUCAUCUGCUCCCAUUCCGCCACCCGUCCCCAUGAUAUCAGCAGAAGACAAUGCUCACGUAGAUAUCCACAUUGCCAAGCAAACAGUGUAUGGCAUCACCUUAGAGUGGCAUGCAGUUACAGACAACCCUGCAGAAACAUGGUUCACCAUUCACUUUGGCAAACUUGAUACACCCAAGAAAGAGAUGAUUUACAUUGGCCCUGGCAUUAACAGCUACUCAGUCAGCGAUCUGCUUCCUGUCACCAAAUAUGAGGUGUGUGUCACCCUGAAAAACUACCCACCCAGGAAGGGCCAGUGUAUUUUAUUUGUCACAGGAAGUGACAUUAGUGAGCUAGAGCAGAGAGAGAGACUUAUCCACAUUGUAGUGGUAGUGUGUGCCAUGGUGCUUGCUGUGCCAGCUGGCAUGUAUGCGUGCACAACAGAGGCCAGGUUCAGUUGUGUAGAUCGUUGUGUGGAUCUAUGUAAGAAGCGCAGGAUGCAUCAGGAGGACCUUGAAGGAAACGAAAGGCAACACACCUUUGACAGCCUGCAGGCAGCCAGCGAUGAAGCUCUGUGUAGGGACUCCAAUGAAAAGGCAACAAAGAGACGGAAAUCUGAGGACAGAUGCAAGGGAGGCAGUGCUGCUUACUUAUACUAAUAUUAAAGUCAGGAUGUGUAUCUUUAAAUAAUAACAGUCUUUAGUGUAGUCCAGUUUGUGCCUUCAUCACAAAUGACUCUAAACAUGGUUUAUGUUGGAGCAAACAAUUCACUCUCUGAACUUUGGGACAGCAAUAGAUUCUGUGGUUGCUGAUGAAAGGCUGGGUCAAGGUUGACAUUAGUUCCUCACAGCAAAAAAUAUGUCUGAUGUGAAUCUCAACUGAUUGCACAUUCUCCUUGUGAAUGAUUUUCUCAGGAUACUUUGGGCUUGUUUUACAGUCCAGGAACAUCCAUACACAAGUCUUACCAGGGUUUGCAAAAUGAAUGUUUGGUUUGACUGUGCAAAUGCAAGGUUGUUUGUCUCAUUUGUGUGUUGGCAUGGAGAAAACCUAGUGAGAUGUGCAGAAUGUACCCCAUCAUGUUGACUAAUGGUAUAGGCUCUAGCCUCACAGGAACCCCAGAGAGAAGUAAAAGUGGGUACCUACAGAAAACAGGAAACUUGAUGUUUUUUAUAUGACUUGUUGAAAGCUAUAGUUUUCAACUAAUAGCAUUAUGCUGGAGUUAUUUUGACUGUUACAUCACAAUGAAAUUGCCUUUUUAUUGUUAUAGGAAAUGUUUGCUGUUAUUUGUCCAGACAUGUUUUUCCUGAGUCACUUUCCUCUUGAUAUGUAUAAAUGUAAUUAUGUAAACAGUGUGUUUUUCUUUAUUACAGUCAUAAAA